AUGGCUGAAGUGAAGCUGCUUGGAGCAUGGGGGAGUCCCUUUAGUCGCAGAGUGGAGAUGGCUCUUAAAUUGAAAGGCAUUGACUAUGAAUACAUAGAAGAAGAUUUAGCUAAUAAGAGUCCUUUGCUUCUCAAAUACAACCCCAUCCACAAGAAGGUCCCUGUGCUCCUCCACAAUGGCAAAGCAAUUGUUGAGUCGCUUGUCAUUCUUGAGUACAUCGAUGAAACUUGGAAAACCAACCCCAUCUUGCCUGAACAUCCUUAUGACAAAGCCAUGGCACGAUUCUGGGCUAAAUUCAUCGACGAGAAGUGCAUGCCUGCAACUUGGCAAAUUAUGUUCAGGAAAGAGGACGAACGCGAGAAGGCCAUAGAAGAAGCAAUCCAGAACCUGAAAGUGCUAGAAAAUGAGCUCAAAGACAAGAAGUUCUUUGGAGGAGAUAAAAUUGGACUAGUAGACAUUGUCGCCAACUUCAUAGGUUUCUGGUUGGGAGCCGCUCAAGAAGCUGCUGGGGUGGAGUUGGUGAACAAAGAGAGCUUUCCUGUUCUGUGCAAGUGGAUUGAUGAGUAUGUGAACUGCAAGGUCAUCAAAGAAAACCUUCCUCCCAGGGAUAAACUGAUAGCUUUUCUGCAGCCCCGUUUCAUGGCUUCCACUUGGAAGUACUAG